UGUUGUAUUUAUUAUAAUACUCUUACUUUGGGCUUAAGCAGUCCUUGCACCUCAGCCUCCUGGGUAGCUUAGACUAUAGGCUUGCACCAGCUUAAUACCCAGCUUAAUUUUCUGUCUUUGUAGAGACGAAGUCUCGCUGUAUUAUCCAGGCUGGUCCCAAACUCAAGGCCUCAAGUGAUCUCUCGCCUCGGCCUGCAAAAGUGCUGAAAUUACAGGGGACUCAGUGGCAUUUGAGGAUGUGGCUGUGAACUUCACCCAGGAGGAGUGGGCUCUGCUGGAUCAUCAUCAGAAGAAACUCUACAGAGAUGUGAUGCAGGAAACCUUCAUAAACUUGGCCUCUAUAGGGAAAAAAUGGGAUCAUCAGAACAUUGAAGAUCAGUAUGAAAACCAGGGGAGAAAUCUAAGAAGUCAUACAGUAGAGAGACUCUGUGAAGAAAAAGAAGGUAGUCCAUUUGGAGAAACCUUCAGUCAAACUACGAAUCUUAAACUGAAAAAGAGAACUCUUACUGGAGUAAAACCAUAUGAAUGCAGUGUGUGUGGAAAAGUCUAUAUGUGUCAUUCAUCUCUUAAUAGGCACGUGAGAUCUCAUAUUGAACAUAGACCUUAUGGAUAUCAUAAAUAUGCAGAGAAGGCAUAUGAAUGUAAGGAAUGUGGGAAACGAUUCAGCUUUCGAAGUUCAUUUCGAAUACAUGAAAGAACUCAUACUGGAGAGAAACCCUAUAAAUGUAAACAAUGUGGUAAAGCUUUCAGUUGGCCCAGUUCCUUUCAAAUACACGAAAGAACUCACACUGGAGAGAAACCCUAUGAAUGCAAGGAAUGUGGGAAAGCCUUCAUUUAUCAUACAACUUUUAGAGGACACAUGAGGAUGCACACAGGAGAGAAGCCUUAUAAAUGCAAAGAAUGUGGAAAAACCUUCAGUCAUCCCAGUUCAUUUCGAAACCAUGAAAGAACUCAUUCUGGAGAGAAACCCUAUGAAUGUAAACAAUGUGGAAAAGCUUUCACAUAUUACCAAACUUUUCAAAUACAUGAAAGGACACACACUGGGGAAAAACCAUAUCAAUGUAAGCAGUGUGGUAAAGCUCUCAGUUGUCCCACAUCCUUUCGAAGUCAUGAAAGGAUUCACACUGGGGAAAAACCAUAUAAGUGUAGAAAAUGUGGAAAAGCCUUCAGUUUUCCCAGUUCCUUUCGAAAACAUGAAAGAAUUCAUACAGGAGAGAAACCCUAUGAUUGUAAGGAAUGUGGAAAGGCAUUCAUUUCUCUUCCUAGCUUUCGAAGACACAUGAUAAUGCAUACAGGAAAUGGACCAUAUAAAUGUAAAGAAUGUGGGAAAGCCUUCGAUUGCCCCAGUUCAUUUCAAAUUCAUGAAAGAACUCACACUGGGGAGAAACCCUAUGAAUGUAAACAGUGUGGUAAAGCUUUCAGUUGUUCUAGUUCCUUUAGAAUGCAUGAAAGGACUCAUACUGGAGAGAAACCCCAUGAAUGUAAACAAUGUGGUAAAGCUUUCAGUUGUUCCAGUUCUGUUCGGAUACAUGAAAGGACUCACACUGGGGAGAAACCCUAUGAAUGUAAACAAUGUGGUAAGGCCUUCAGUUGUUCCAGUUCCUUUCGAAUGCAUGAAAGAAUUCACACAGGGGAGAAACCCUAUGAAUGUAAACAGUGUGGUAAAGCUUUCAGUUUUUCUAGUUCAUUUAGAAUGCAUGAAAGAACUCACACUGGGGAGAAACCCUAUGAAUGUAAACAAUGUGGUAAGGCCUUCAGUUGCUCUAGUUCCUUUCGAAUGCAUGAAAGGACCCACACUGGAGAGAAGCCUUAUGAAUGUAAACAGUGUGGUAAGGCCUUCAGUUGUUCUAGCUCCAUUCGAAUACAUGAAAGGACCCACACUGGAGAGAAGCCUUAUGAAUGUAAACAAUGUGGUAAGGCCUUCAGUUGUUCUAGUUCUGUUCGAAUGCAUGAAAGGACUCACAGUGGAGAGAAACCCUAUGAAUGCCAGCAAUGUGACAAAGCUUUCAGUUGUUCCCGUUCCUUUCGAAUCCAUGAAAGGACUCACACUGGAGAGAAACCUUACGAAUGUCAGCAAUGUGGGAAAGCCUUCAAGUGUUCCCGUUCCUUUCGAAUACAUGAAAAAACUCAUACUGGACAGUAACCAUUACCAUACAAGCAAUGUGGGAAAGCUUUAUUGUCUUAUUACCUUUUGAAGACUCAAAAGGACUCAUCCUACACAGAGACCCUGUGAAUAUAAAACGUGGUUAACUCUCUAGGUAUAAAUACCAGAAAGAAGUCAUAGUGGACAGAAACCUUAUGAAUGUAAGCAAUAUGGGGAAGCCUUCUGUGGUCACAUAACCUUUCAGGUAGCAUGAGAAGGCACACUGGAGAAAAACACUGUACGUGUUUUUGCGUACAGAAAGAAUGCAGACAGAAGCUUUGUCUCAGUUGGAAAUGAUGAACAGAUUCAUGGUGGAACACAACUUCUUGAGUAUAAGCUAUGUGAGAAAGCCUUUAGUGGGUCCACAUCCUUACAAAGGAUGUGAGAGAAUGCACACUGAAUAGAAAUCCCAUAAAAGUAAGAAAUAACAAUGUUUUCAAUUUUAACAAAUGUUCACAAGAUACUCCCUCUCAUGUGAAACUUCAAACUCAUGUAGAAACUCCCACUAUAGAGGGAUCCUAUAAAUGUAGAUAUUAUGGGAAAGCAUGAUACAAAUUAAUUCAUGUAUGUUGUUCCAGAAAAUUCUCAAUAUAAAAAAGAAUUAUAAAGAUUAUACACGUAUUGUCUUUUAUCAGUUACUCAUUCUGAAAAUAUAUUUCUGGACUAUGGAUUUCUAUUACUUUCAGUAAUGAACAAACAUUGAGGUGAGAUAAUUUUGUAUGCCUUGGUUAAACAAUAGUACAUGAGUUUAAUUUUAACAAAUGCUCAUAAGAUACUCCCUCUCUGAAAAAAAUUAACAUUAAAAAAUUUAGUGUUUAGGGCAGCGCCUGUGGCUCAGUCGGUAAGGCGCCGGCCCCAUAUACCAAGGGUGGCGGGUUCAAACCCAGCCCCGGCCAAACUGCAACCAAAAAAUAGCCAGGAGUUGUGGCGGGCGCCUGUAGUCCCAGCUGCUCGGGAGGCUGAGGCAAGAGAAUCGCUUAAGCCCAGGAGUUGGAGGUUGCUGUGAGCUGUGUGAGGCCACGGCAAUCUACCGAGGGCCAUAAAGUGAGACUCUGUCUCUAGAAAAAAAAAAAAAAUUUAGUGUUUACAUUUAAAUUAGUCACAAAACUUUAUUGUUCUUUAUCUGUUGGUUUCAUAAAUGAAGUGGAAGUGUAUGUUUAGUAUGGAAGUAGUUUUAAUUUAAAAAAUUUUAUUGUUCUAUGAGUAAUGGGCCAUUGAAAAAUGACAAUUUGGUAAUUUGGGGGAUUUUUCCUACUAGCCUUGUAUGGCAUGUAAUAGGUAUCCCUUACCCAAUUUACACACACACACACACACACACACACACACACAGACAGACACAUACACUGUGUGUGUGUAUGUAUAUUUAUCAUCUUUCUUUCAUCUAUCCCUCCUUUUGGGAAGGAGGACAGAGAAGUCUUAUUCUGUUUUCCAUGCUAAAAAUUAGUCAUAAAUAACUUUGUGAGUAUGCAAAGCUUAUAGAGUAUACUUUCAUUUGACUUACUGUUUUCAUUUCUUUCUUUCUUUUUUUUUGCUCUUUGCUGUGUGUCAUACCUUUUCUUUCUUUUUUUUUUGUUUUUUUCUUUGAGACAGAGUCUCAUUAUGUGGCCCUUGGUAGAGUCCUGUGGCGUCACAGCUCACAGCACCCUCAAACUCUUGGGUUUAAGGGAUUCUUUUGCCUCAGCCUCCCAAGUAGCUGGGACUGCAAGCACCUGCCACAACACCCAGCUAAUUUUGUUGUUGUUUCAGUUGUCAUUUUUUUUUUGUUUGUUUCGUUUUUUUAGCUGGCCCAGGCUAGGUGUAUGUGGUCGGUGCCCUACCCACUACGGGUGCCACCAUGCUAUGUGUCGUUCUUUUCUGGCUGUGAUUUAGAUAAUAGACUUUGCAUUAAGAGGAGAAACCUGUGAUAGAACAAUGUAAUCAGUAGAAGGAAAUGGUUUUCUUGGAUUGUGUUAAGUUAAUAUGGAUAAUGUGACAUAUAUUUUCUACAAAAUAUCCUUUUAGGGUUCCAUGUUAUAAUUUGUUAGUAGUCUACUUACAGCACAUAUGGAAGGCAGAAGAGAAGAAGGCAUUUGCCAGGUUUUGUAGCCACAGAAGGAUACAAGGGUUCAGGGACACCAGCUUCUACCCAGUUUUCCUAAUGCUUUGCCCUGCCAGUCAAGAGUAUUCUUAGAACCACCACUAAUUGCUUUAUUGCCAACUUUUCAGAGAUAUAGUUUUCCACAGAGGUGUCCACAGUUCUCAAAGAUCUAUUGUGGUUUGAAUUUUUCUACAAACUCUAAUAUGUCCACCAGGCAAUUAAUUUAGAUUUUCAAGAUGAAGCGUAUUUCCGGGUACUCUGACUCCCCUCAUCUCUAGGUUGAAAUUAUUUAUUAAUUUAUUUAGUAAGCACUUUUUUUUCUUUUAAUACAGCCAGUGACUGUGUGUUUCUGGUUCUACCAUAACAGCUACAAUGGUCCAGUCUCAAAGAACUACAUGGGAGUUUGUUUCUCUACUGUGUUGAGCACUGACUGUACUGAUUCAGUACUGUAGAGUAAGAAUAAGCACCUUUCUCAUAUUAAGCAGAUUUUCAGUGUUUCCUAUUACAGUUGAAUGUAAUUUCUCAGUACAUUUUAAAGUCUUUUUUACUGUAUGUGAUUAAAAAUGAUGUGCAUGUUUUUGUUAAAAGCUUCGGUAGAUGUUUCUUAAAAAUAUUUCAUUAACUUUUAAAAUAAUGUGUAUACUAUCAAUUAUUAUCUUUUUCCAUUCCUGUGAGAAUA